AUGACUGCGCCCCAACCUUUCCUCGCAGAGGUUGAGCCUCCGUCGCCACUGGAGGAAUCCUUGCCUACCUUUUACAUUGGUCACCAUGAAUCCAAGCGGCCGUUGCCUGUCACGGAAUUUGUCCUGCAACAGGCUCAGGAUACUGGUUAUGACAUGCUCACAAGCCCUAUUACGAGCCCGCAUUUCCACUCAAGGGUGUUGACUCUGGUCUCUUCCUACCUCGUCGAGCUGUCACGGCUGGAGAUCUCGGACGAUCUGAAUACCACCAGCAGUAUCCCACCCGCACCGAUAAUCCCACCUCUCACCCCAUUUGAUACCCCUAUGACUCCUAGCGACACGCUUUCACAGCUCAUCGGAUACUGUAGCCCAUGGAUUGACUUGUGCUCUUCGGACCCCUUGAUCUCUAACAUUUCACGGCAGGUUCUGAAUAUUGAGAUCGCAUAUGCUUCAUUUUGCGGGGUGGGCAACAUUAUCAUUCCGGGGCCUAGGAAUUACAGCAGCGGGUCCACAGACAAUAAUGGCAUCAUCCAGUAUGCUCGUGCAAUUCAAGAAGCGCUCACUAUUGGCAGCUAUAUUCAGAUGGCGAUUCAUGUUCCAAUGUACGGACACGAAGAGGUAAAAGAUAUGACAGGAGAUCUCCAGCCAUUUGCCAGAGAUUAUGAGUCGCCCGGAAAACCAAAAGAGAGCAAAGAUAUCGAUUUGUUUGAGACCUGGGACGCAUGGAAUUUCAUUCGGAGCGUAUGUAAAUACAAUUCAAGACUAUCAGUAGCACUCGGGAUUCCCCGUCAGCUCCCAGUCGAGUCAUUGCAGUCUCGCUGGUUCGCUGAACCUCUUCGGUUAUUGUCAUUCACGCCUUCGUCUUUCCUGAAAAAUAAAGGCGGGCACCCAGUCUUUAGUAAGAGCCACCAAACCCUGUUAUCAAGGUAUAUGCGUCUCAAACAGCCGCCUUGGCUCUUACUCUCCGACGUUGGCCCUGUCCCCGGCCUUGACGAUCCGAUCCAGCUCUCAGCUACUGCUGAUGGGUUUCCAUCUCCCAGUGCAGUUUUAGAUGCAUCCAGAUCAGUCUCUCCUACUCUUUCUCCUACUCCAUCGGAAGCAACCGCGGCCUCCAGAGAAACCCCAAAAUCGAAGCCCAAACCGAAGGAUCCUGCAGCACAUUUAAUCUAUAUGAGGUAUCUCCAGAGGAACCAACCACCUCGGACAGCCAUUGAGAAAUUUGGCUCUGGUUACCAAGAUUAUCUCCAAGCACCCCUCCAGCCAUUGACAGAUAAUCUGGAAUCUGUCACAUAUGAAGUUUUCGAGAAAGACCCUGUCAAAUACGAUUGGUAUGAGCGUGCCAUUGCACAAGCAUUGUCUGACUGGACUAAACAAAGCAAGCCAACCUCGAGUUCAAAUGGUGCGGUGGUAAUCGCUGUCGCUGGCUCUGGUAGAGGCCCACUUGUCACGCGUGCUUUGAGAGCAAGUAAAAUGACAGGAGUUCCUGUUGAAGUAUGGGCUGUCGAGAAGAAUCCUAACGCAUACGUUCUUCUGCAGAGACACAAUGACAUGGAUUGGGGUGGCGUGGUCAACGUGGUCAAGAGCGACAUGCGGGCCUGGAAGGGACCGCUAAUCAACCCAACGACUGCCGUAGGACAAGCGACCUCUACUACCACUUCUCCAGCAUCACCGUACGGCAAGGUUGACAUUCUGGUUUCUGAGCUUCUGGGAUCAUUCGCCGAUAACGAACUUUCCCCAGAAUGUUUGGAUGGUGUGCAGCACGUAUUAGCUCCACAAUACGGCAUCUCGAUCCCAAGCUCUUACACUGCUCAUCUCACCCCAAUCCUCGCUCCCCGUCUGCAUGCCGAUAUUUCACAUCGAGCAGUAACGGAUACAACGGCCACAGAAACGCCGUAUGUCGUAAUGUUACACGCUAUUGAUUAUCUUGCAACCACGGUUCCGGACCACCCACGCAUUCAACAGGCAUGGGAGUUUGUUCACCCUCUCCCAGCGUCCACGCUCGCUAUAGCCGAAGCUAGAAGAGGAGGGGGUGUGAGCGGAGGUGGAGGAGGUAGCAUGGCUGGCGGUGAUGGUGCCAAUGAGCACAACACGAGGUAUUCCAGGAUGAAGUUUGUAUGUAGGGAUAGAGGUGUUGUAAACGGAUUGGCAGGAUAUUUUGAGGCGAUUCUUUACGACGGAGGUGCGGAAGGGAAGGUCGAAUUGAGCACGAGACCCGACACGAUUGAUGAUAAAAGCAAGGAUAUGAUAUCAUGGUUUCCUAUUUUCUUUCCUCUGAAGAAUCCCCUUUAUUACCCUGAUGAUGCGGAGCUGGAGGUCAGUAUUUGGAGGCAAACGGAUGAUCGAAAAGUUUGGUAUGAGUGGAUGGUGGAAGCUUUCGCUAUGGUUGGACCCGAAAAGAGAAUGAGGCUCGGAAUGAGUGAAGUUGGAAGCAGCCGAAAAGUUGGUUGCCUUAUGUGA